AUGUCCAAUAACCCCGAUCGCCCGCGCGGACCGUACAUCUGGGAUGCACCUCUGACAGCAGAGGCCCAGAAGAAAAUAUAUGACAUGCUGGAAGAGUCAGAGUUCCCCCUCACACCCGCGACUCGAAAAGACCUAUACGAUCUCGUGUACGCCCGCCGUAGCAUCAUAACAGCUGCCGCUCGCAAAGAACUAUGCGAUAUACCGGAAGCCAUCGGUGCUUACCGGCGCACUCUCGACGAAGCUUCCGCGAAUGGAUGGUCAAUGUCACAAUAUCGAUCUCUUAAAACCGAGACUGACAUGUUGUUCGAUUCGAAUAUCGAGCCAGCUCAGCGCAUAGCUAUAUACCGUCGUCGCAUUGACAUGGCUUCCCGUCCGCCGUACGCUUCACUCCAAGGGCCUACUGCAAUCCGCUUCGGGACAUAUUGCCUGCUCUCUAUCGGAUCAGCCGCUAUGUAUCGAACGCCGGAACCGGUGUAUCGGCCGCUGUUUGCUUUACUUGUCCUCGUUGGGUGGUCGAUGCUCUGCUUCAUAGCCUUUCGGGAUCGGGAAAAGUGGUCACGGUACGUCUACUACGUAUCCCUAUCAACGGUACUGGUCGCCCUCGGGAAAGUCGCCAUCGCCAUCCAGAGGCAUUCCAAUGUUGGGGGCGCCACAUCCGGUCCCUUAGGGGUGCAAUCGUGGGCGAUACAUUUCGCUCUCUCCUUCUGCGUCCUCUCGGAUUGCGAAUUCUACCGCCUUUACUUUGGAUGGAGAGGAUUCCGGCUGGAUUUCGCCUCGUUACUAGAGACCAUCUUCAUGGCAAACCUGGACUAUGACUUCCACUACAGGAGAGAAGCAUUCUUCUGUUUUCCUUCGUUGGGAAAGCCCCAGGAACUUCGGGAUAGUGGCUCUUUAUGUGCUACCAUACAUGAGAUGAGGCGUAUGUGGCCUCAGGCCCUAUCGCAGGCGUACUUGAACCUCACCGUCGCAUAUCUCUACGAUCCUCUCAGGCGCAUCAUCCAUCCCGAAUCUCUCACGUCAAGAUACGAGGCGAUAUUGUUUUCGACGGAUAACUUCUGGAUGUGUGUCCUUGGCUCUCUCCUUCUACGCCCCGUGAGGAUACCGAUCAUAAUUUUGAUCCAAUGGCUCUUCGGGACGUCACCAAAGCCCAGUCUUAUCACUUAUCGCCAUCUUUCAUUCAUCUGGAUUAUUUCGGCCAUCGCGCUCCAAUCCCAGUUCACUGACUGGCGUCGAUUCGUACUCUCCGCCUUAGACGCUCUUACACACGUCGCCACGCUAGGCUACGGGCCUCCGGGCAGUCCAGCUUAG